AUGAAUUGCCAACGAAGUAACAAGAAUAAAAAAGGCAACUCGCCUUUAAAAUUUAUUUAUCAAACAAAAGUCUUUGAAUAUUUAGAACUUAAAGAUUUAUUAAAUUGUAGACUUGUAUGUAGAGAAUGGAAAAUGUUCUUAAACUAUUUUCCAUUACAAUGUUCAAUUUAUUCCAAAUCACAAAUUUUUUCAAUCUUUCCUCAUUGUUCAAAUGUUGUUAUUAAUGAAAUAUCAACACCAAUUAUUUCUAUACUUAAUACAACAAAAUGGUUACAAUCACUUUCUAUUAGACAUAUGACACAAGAGUCAUGUAAUUUAUUAUCUAAUAUGGAUUUAAAAAUGUUAACAUAUCUUGAAAUAUUCUUUUCAAAUGCUACUCAUCUAAACAUUAACAAUUUAUUGAAUUUAAAAAAGUUAAUGUUAUAUGACUUUCCAUCACUUUUAGACAAUGGGUUGAUUUGUCAUGUAGAAUCAUUGAAAACAAUCAAAUUAUCAUCAAUUCCUUAUUUCAGUUUUAAGAAUGUUAAACAAUUCUCUCCAUACAUUAAGGAGAUUGAAUUAAUUAAUAUGCCUAAGAUUGGACCAAAAAGUAUUCAACAAUUUAACCAUUUCAAAAAGUUAAAAAAAUUAACAAUUAGUGAUAAUGAAGAAUUGACAGACUCUGUUUUAAAAGAGAAUCUAAAGAAUGUACAUUUAGAACAACUCACAAUUUCAGAUUGUACAGGACUUGAAGGUUCGUUUAUUUCUGGGUUACCUCCUUUAAAAAAAUUAACAUUAACAUUUAAUAAAUCAUUGGAUGAUAGAUGUUUGUGUACUUAUAAUCAUUGUGAGAAAAUAGAGUCUUUAGAUUUGUUUGGAAGUUCUAUCAUAAAAAUACCUUCAUUUCCAAAUUUGAAAAGAUUAUCUAUUGGAUAUACAAAUACACUUAUACUUAAUUUGACUCAUUUAACAAUGUUAAAAUCUCUUGAUGUUACAUAUUUAAAAUUAAAUGACACUGACCUAAACCAAAUUGCUAUUCUUACAGGACUUAUUGCAUUGAAUUUAUCAUUUAAUACUUCAAUUACAAAUACUGGAUUAAAGAAAAUAAUUUCAUCAUGUAAAGAAUUACAAGCUAUUAAUCUUGCACGUUGUACCUUAAUUACUUCUAUUGGAAUUAAGAUGCUCAGUCAACUAAAAAACUUACGAUUUUGUGUUCUUCCAAAUUUUAUGAAAAUUUAUCAUGACCAACUAUGUGAUGAAAAAAACUUAUUUAAUAUGAAUAAUGAAUGGGGACAUAAUAAUUAA